AUGAGUGGUCCCGAAUCCCGCCCAAUACCCGAGGCUUUUGAGCUUCGAAAGCGCAAGAUUCUUGCCGAAUUAUCCAUUCCUGACGCAGAGUAUACUGAUCUCUCACCCAAGGGGUCGGUGGAUGAAGGCAUCCGUGAGCUGAUCGAUGAUAUCAAUACCUUGCCCGGACUAGUAACCACCAGCAGCUGUGCAGGGCGGCUCAGUGUUUUCCUAGAGGGGAGAAAGAAACAGCAUCAGCAACAGUCGUCAGAAGGGCAGCAGAGACAAUUCGUACCUUCAGGGGGCAAAGGAGCCGGGAAAUGGCUGUAUGUCUCCCAUGACGCGUUGAAGGAGUAUGGAGAAAAGCAAGGUGAAGAAGAAGAUGAGGAAGAGGAGAACAACAAGAGACCGCUGCACCGCUUAUUCGGGAUGAGUCCUGGAGAUGGGAAACCGCCCAAGCUGGACGGAUCCGGUCAAGCCCCGCGUCUCGUGCGCUUCUCCUAUGAGCCGAUGAUUCUCCAUAUAAUGGCAGCGACCCUCCACCACGCCAACCCCGUCCUCUCCGCCGCCUCCAGCUCUGGGUUCCGCGAAAGCGGACUCCAGAGCCUUCGCUGUCUAGAUGCGGACGACGCGGACGGCCCCAGUCCCAUCGUUGCUGUCCGCUCCGCCGGCAUGGCUCUGGAGUCUGUCAUUGGGUACUGCGAAGAGAAGCAGGAUGACGACGAUGACGAGUCCGAGCCCGUCAUUCGCAGUUUGGUCACGGAGGAGUACCUGGAAAUGUUGAUCGCCAUCUCGAACGAACGGUUCGUCGUCAAUUCGGAACGCAAGGAACGCUUCCGGUCAAGUCUGGUGGAGAUGUGUUCCGCGGUUCAUGCUCCAGGCGCGAAGGCGAAGGGGAAAGCCAGACCCGUGGGCUGGGAGGAUCCUGCUGCACGCAGGGAGAGGAUGAGGGCGGAAGGACUACGGAAGAAGCAGCAACAGCAGCAACCUGAACAGACGAGCGGAACAGAAGAAGGAGAUGGUAGUGCGAUUAACAAUUUCGAUUUAUUCAUUGGAGACUAA